AUGUCAGUUGUCUUCAGUCCGACCGUGGGGGUCUCUCCUCCUUCCCCACAGUCGUCCUCACCGCCUCCACAGCAGCCGUCAGCGCUUCCUUUACCGGCCACUGCGGCCUCUGAGGGUGUUGGUGCUCGAGGUGAGGGCUCUGGCGGUGCUCGCUCUGGGGGUGCUGGCGUUGGAGUUGUUCGUGCACCUGCAGGAGCAGCCAGUUUUGGGGGUGUUGGCGUUGGCGCUGAGCGUGCACCUGCCGCAGCUGCCCGUUCCGGGGGUACUGGAGCUGGUGGUGGUGCUGGAGCUGGUGGUGUUUCUGGAGCUGGAGAGUCUGGGGCUGGUGCUGGUGCCACUGGAGGCACCACGACUGGGGGUGCGGGUACACCUCCUACAGGUGCUGGUCGUGCUGCCGCGGGAGGUACUCGUUCUGUGGGUGCUCAGCCGGGUACUGUCGAGGACGGAGCCGGUUCUUCUGCUGCGUCUCCUGACACCACUCCUCCUCCUCACCCCUACCUAACUCGUUACCAGGCCCUUCUUCGUCUAGAGCGUGAGGAGCAACAGCGUUUGGAGCGUGAGAGGUCGGAGGUUUAG